AUGGGCCCCAAGGCUUUUGGGGCUCUGGGUUCAGAAGUCACUCCGAGGGACUGGCCACACCGCGGCCGUCCUCCUCCUCCUCCUCUCCCUCCCCCCCUGUCCUCCACAUGUGGACACCGUGAAAACAGGGAGGCUGAGACUCGGCGGCUGCCAGCGUCGUGCGGGGCCUUGAAUGUUACGAACGUGUGGCCGGGGGACGUGGAGGAAGCUCGGAGCCUCCCUCACGACAGCCAUUGUUUACAAAGACGUCACCCUCCGGCGGAUCGCCCCCUCCGACAGUCGAGUGUAGCGUCGGGUGCCGCCGCCGACACGCUGUCGGUCCCCGCGGAGCGAGACGCGCUUCGUCGCCACAUUGUCUCGGAGUUUCCACGCGGUCAUCUGCGGUUGGUGCUGCCUCCUUCUCUUCUCCUUGUUCCUCGCUCCUCUUCGUCCCCCUCCUUCCAUCCACCGGGCCACCUGUCCGCCAUGUCGCAGGGUCAAAACUUCCUCCCCAAAUUCCUGUUUGUCUCCAACCUGCUGAAGGCGGUGAAGAUCCGUCAGCGAGUGCCCAAUGACGUGGUGAAGCCGGCGACCAGUGGCGGCCUGAUGCACCACCUGCGGGGUAUGCACAGGUACACUCUGGAGAUGAUCGCCAUGAACCACUUCCCGCAGGCCUUCAGGGAGGUGGUGCAGGCUGCCAUCUUGGACCGAGCCAUGCAGGCCUCUCUGGAGCAGGAGAAGAAGCUCAACUGGUGUCGGGAGGUGAAGAAGAUGGUGCCGUUACGCACCAAUG